AUGCUGAAUUUGCAGGUUGCGUAUGCCUUUUCCACUGUCGACCAACGCUGGAGAGACUGGCAGGCAGAUUACAGAUGGACACAAAAGCGGUGGAUGGGUGACACAGGUGGUAACAGGCCUGUUGGCCGAAUCCCAAUCGUCCUCCCCCACGCUUCCCACGCUUCCAACGGGGUGUCGGCGUCCAAGGAGAGGCCGCCGCCAUGCUCAGUCUGCUUUAGAUCAGUGAUGAAAAUUCUCGACAACCUGACUUUAAUUUCAAUGGUCGGUGGCAUGCUUCUGCGGGAGGGUGGCUUCAUUGAUGAUGGGAGGGGCCGGCGCACCCGCCCUUCAAUGCGAGCUCGACAUUUUGUCUUGGCAUACAUCAUCAAAAUCCGCCAUCGCCGACCCCGUGGUGGUCGGGCCAUCCUUUGCUCGGCGAUUUCCUAG